AGCGCAGUGAAAACAGAAACCCAAACCGGUCAUGGAGGCUAGUUAACGACUGUGCGCCGCGCUUGCGAAUAGUAAUUUCAUCGAGAUAUUGUGAUAUUACGCGGACGCCAGAGAAUCAACAGAAAUAUUGCCGGUUUAAACGAAAAUGGGUGCAUACUUGUCAGAACCAAUUACAAAGAAAGUGUCGAGCGACCAAGUAGGCAAGAAUGUCGCAUUCGGCGCGAGUUCCAUGCAAGGCUGGCGAAUUAGUCAAGAGGAUGCACAUAAUUGUUGUAUAGAUUUUGAUGAAAAUGUUUCAUUAUUUGCUGUAUAUGAUGGUCAUGGGGGACACGAAGUAGCAACUUACUGUGCAAGUAAUCUCCCAGAUUUUAUUAAACAAACCGAGGCAUACAAAAAAGGAGAUAUUAGGCAAGCUUUAAUAGAUGCCUUUUUAGGCUUUGAUGCUACACUCGAAAAGCCUGAAGUAAUUAGUAUUCUUAAAGAAUUAGCAGGAACAUCCACUACAGAUAAUAAAAAAGAUGAUUUAAACGAAUCUGAUGAGGAAGAGAAUGUUAAUAAUCUAUGUAUGGAAGCAACAAUGCCAUUGGAAGAAGUAAUGGCAAAGUAUCAAUCGGAAUCAAAUCCUCAAGUAAAAUCUUUGAAAAAUGAAAACUGCAAUAAAAGAACUUGUUCCGCAAGUCCUUACUUACGUGGACGAAGGGGUAGAGAGAAAGCAAGCUCGUCGUCGUCAGGGGCAGGAUGUUCUUCGUCUUCAUCCUCGUGGAAUACAAAUGAAGCUGAUGUAAGUAGUUCCAGUCAACCAUGUGGAUCAACUUUAUCUAGCACAAUGGAACGAAAAGAUUCUGAGUGCCCUGGUAACAAUGAGGCUGAACAAGUUCUUGAUUCGACUACCAGUAAUGGAAAUGUACACACAUCCCCGCCGGUAGGAUCAACAGCAGAUAUAGAACCAAUAAAGACUGCAGAUAUGCCUGAUAGUUCUGAGGAUAUAAACAAAAAAGUUACGAGUCCAGGAAAAAUUACGUGCGACGAAUCAAAUGAAAAUGAAGUAGAGUUAAAUGGUGCUGAAUCGAAACGAAUUGAAGAUGCAGACAGCAGUAAAGGUGGAGGUGACAAUGUGUCUAGCAGCUCGUGUAUUCCAGUUGAGAACGGAGAUGCGGGACAACAAGAAAGAAUAAGUAGUACUGGUAGAAGAAGGAUUCAGCCUAUCACUUUGUACCAUAAUCUUCUUAAAAAAGAUAGCGAAGAUUCUGAAGAAGAUGAUGACGAUGACGAAAAUGAUACAACCUUUGAUGGAGUUCCAGAAAGUUUUAGCGACGAAGAUGACACAGAAGACAUAGACGAAGAUGAAAGCGACGAAGACGAAGAAGAUGAAGAUCCAGAUGGCAAUAUUGAUGAUGAUGAAGACGAUGAUGACGAUGAUGAUAGUGGGAGCCUCAUGAUGGAUAAAGAAGAGCCGGGUUAUGAUAGUGGAUGCACUGCAGUAGUUGCUGUGUUAAAAGGGAAUGAAUUAUACGUGGCAAAUGCUGGAGAUUCCCGUUGUGUUUUAUGUAGAGAUGGUCAAGCGGUUGAACUUAGUUUAGAUCACAAACCUGAAGAUGAACCAGAAAUGGAGCGCAUAGUAAAAGCUGGCGGAAAAGUUACCGCCGAUGGUAGAGUAAAUGGUGGCCUUAAUUUAUCAAGAGCGCUCGGGGACCAUGCUUAUAAACAAAAUGCAGAUUUGCCACCGCAAGAACAAAUGAUAUCGGCACUUCCGGAUGUCAGGCAUAUUACGAUUGAACCAGAAAAGGACGAGUUUAUGGUGCUUGCUUGUGAUGGUAUUUGGAAUUUCAUGUCAAGUCAAGAUGUUAUACAAUUUAUUCGUUCCCGCUUGACACAUAAUCACGAUAAACUUUCUCAAAUUUGUGAAGAGCUAUUUGAUCAUUGCCUUGCACCUGAUACUUGUGGAGAUGGUACAGGUUGCGACAAUAUGACGGCUGUAAUAAUUCGAUUUAAACCACAAACUGAUACGGUAACAAACAGUAAUACCGUUGAGAUAUGUACUGCUAAAAGGUCGUUAUCACCGACUAUAUCCGCGGAAGAAAGUAACGACUGCGUUAUACAAGAUGAUGCGGUGAAAUCUUGCAAACGCCUUAAGACCGAAGCAGCUAUGUGAGAUUUGUGUUAAAUGUUAUAAACUGAUCUCUGGAAACAGAUGAGUGAAUGUGAAUUUAUGUAAAAUUAUGUAAUUCUAUGGAACUGUGAAUUUCGAAUGGAUACUCGAUGGUGAUCGAUAACAGUUACAUCAAACAACAUGUAAAGUAUGUUAGUGUUGGCUAUUGGUGGCAGACUGAUAAAUUGGAGCACAUGAGGAUGAUAAUUCGUUGCUUCUGUUUUGAUUUUGUUUUUAUUUUUUUUUUAAUAUAUUAACUUACAAUUCGUACAUUUAAAAAUUAUUUAAUUACACCUAUUAAUGGUGGAUAGUGUAUUAUACGGUCUAACAUUUUGAUAAAAGCUUGUACAAAAUAUGUAAGACAGUCAUACAAACAUUCUGUAUAAUUAAUAAAGUAAUCGAUGUUUCUCUUUAUAAGUACUUUCUAUGGUAAUGAUAAGGUAGGUAAUAAGUAAUAAAAAAUAAAAUCAGUCUAAAAUCAUUUAUUAACAAGAAGAGUGCCAAGACCUUUAGAUCUAUUCAAUGUCUAAACGAAAUCAAUGACCCAAAGGUCUUUUCGCUCUCCUUGGAAGUCAGAGCCUCGUAAGAUUUCAUAAACAUCACGUACAAUAGCAGUUAUGUUAAAACUAAACAUUUUUUUUUUUGAUAAAUUUUAAAUUUUUCGACUUUACAUAUUUAAAUAUCGUUGACUAUUUUGAUUUUUUUUAUUAAGUAAAACCUAAUUAUACAUCAUCCCAUUUGCUCCAUCAACAUUUAUGGAAUAUACUCUUUGAGUUUUUAGAUGACAUCCAUAGUAGAUAUGUAAUUGUACAUAUUUAUAAAUUUAGACUAUAGGAUUUAUAUUUGUAAUUCAACACGAUACCAUUUCUUAUUUUUACGAAAUAAAGUUUAUUUUUGAAUCCCUGGGUAUAGUGGUUGAAUGGAUGGGUGAGCGAAUAAUCUUAAAAACGUGUAAAACCGUAUUGUGUAACAAAGACGAUUGUGUAUUGCGCGUUGGUAAUUUGUGAUCUUGUACUAAAAGUACUGUUUAAAAGGGUAUGUAAUGUGUUGUGGAAUACUAUCUACUUAAACUGUUUUAAAUUUCAUUUCGAAUUUCUCAUAGUAUCGAAAGUGUUCCGUAAAUUAAUAAUAACAUAAGGAAAAUAUUUAUUUAUGAAGAAAAAAAAACAAUAAAAUUAUGGAUUAAAGAUAUUUACACGCACGCGAACGAUUUGAGAAUUGAAAAUUAAUAGGAUAUAUGUAUUAGGAGUAAACUAAAUUCGUAUAAAUAAUAUGUAAAGAAACGAGGAUAGCAAAAUUAUUUACAAGUUUUGAAAAACGUACAUAUUUUAUUUUCAUUUAAAUCAUUUGACUUACACUGUGGGCUUACAUAUUUUAUCGUCUAUAUAAUUAUUUAGAUUUUCUUUCUAUAUGGUUGCAACACAUAAAUAAAAAACAUUGUUAAUAUUUUAAUAUAAAAAUAACACUUGAUAAAUCUUUUUCAUAUCAUAAUUGAAAUUUUAUUGCAGUACUUUUAUCACAGAACAGACAUACGAUAUAAUAAUAAUUGUGCAUUUGCAAAACAUACAAAGUUUUUAUUCAGUUAACAUAAUAUAGCUAGUAGAUAAAUAAUUAUAUAAAUUAAUCACUUGCAACGUCUAAGAUUGCUUCAAAUUUUGUACUGUUAUUCCACCUUCUACAACUGCUCACAUGUAAUUGCGGCUGUUAGUAAAGAGUAAUUAUAUAAACGUUGUUUAUAAUUAUAAAGAAAGUAACUUACGAACGAAAAAAUAAGUAACACUAUUAUCAAAAUGAUCAGUAAUAUAUGAAUACUAGAAGCAGUACAUAGUAUUACUCAGAAUUAACUAAUGUGCCUUUCUGAUUCAGGGGUUGAGAACCUUCACAAUAUGUAUGUACAUUUGAUGCCGUCUUAUUAAGAAGGGUUUAAACCCCGAUACCGUCUUAACUGCAAACUUCGUCAUGAAUUUAUGUAUAAAUAUCUUGUUUCAUAAUAUAUGUCACUUCAAUUAUU